GCAGCAGGGGAGGAAGAAGAAAGGGGAAAAAAGCAGGGGGUUGGGGGGAGAACCAGAUCCUCCGUUUAAACGGCCGGUACAACCGCUCUCUCCCUACGCCAACUCCACCUCCACCAAACUCUCUCCCUCUCUCUCUCUUCUUAACUUCGCUUUCACUUCCCUUCUUCGUCUUCUUCAUCUGCGAUCCUCUGCAUCCAGAAAAUUUUCCUGCUCACCAAACAGAUUUCUCUCUCUAUCUCUCUCCCUGCAGAACGCCGCUGUUUGUUCGAGAUAAGGAAACGCUAAAUUCACGCGGCCCCUUCUCCUCUCUCUCUUCCUCACUGGUGCUAUAAAUUCAAUUUCCCUGAUUCUUCGCCGUCAGGGAAGGAUCCCGUAAUCCGAGAGUUGCAUGCUGAGAGGACUUUUGUGAGAGAAGGGGGGCUCAAUCAUGGCUUCUUCGCAGCUCGUGGAAAUCCAACCCAAGGAACUGAAAUUUACGUUUGAACUGAAGAAGCAAAGCUCAUGUGCAGUCCGGCUUUUGAACAACACCUAUCACACUGUUGCGUUCAAGGUCAAAACUACUUCGCCUAAGAAGUACUGUGUGCGUCCAAAUGUUGGAGUCCUGCUGCCCAAGUCUGUUUGUGAAUUCACAGUUACAAUGCAAGCUCAGAAGGUUGCCCCACCUGACUUGGUAUGCAAAGACAAGUUCUUAAUCCAAACCACAGUCGUCCCCAUUGGUACAUCUGAUGAGGACAUAACACCUCUCAUGUUCUCCAAAGAGAAUGGUGCCGAUAUCGAAGAAACCAAGCUGAAAGUCUUCCUUGUCAGCCAACUCAGCCCGUCUGAAUCACCAUUGUCUUCACCAGAUGACUCCCCCAAACAGAUACCCCAUUAUGUGGCUACAGUGCUUCCCGAGCCAGUCUUUACCAGCAUCGACACUUCUACUCAAGUCCACCCUUUAACAGAGGACUCGGAGUUCAGAAUGCUAGAACACGAGACCAGUUUGAAGCCUAAGAAGCUUGCUGCUGCUCUAGAAGACACUGAAGAGAUAAAGCCGGUCAACAUAAAAGGCUUAAUCCCUGUUAUUAAGGAAGAGCUCGAUAAUGAGGUGCAGUUGGAUAAGCCCAAAGUGGAAGAGGUAAAGCGAGAGUAUGAUAGUAAUGCUACUGAGAAAUCAAAGCCAGUGAUCAUUAAGGCUGAAGUUAAAGACGGGUACGAACAACCACCAGCAAAUUAUGCCGCCCCUGCCCAAAGCCUGCAACAAGAACCAGGAGCAAAGGACGCCAACUCCCUCCGCUCUCCUCCUCCUACGGCAGAUGUAAAGUUCGACACAGUGGAGAAAGCUGCAGUCGUGGAGCCACCACAGUUAUUAGUCAAUCAUGUCGACCCCAAGUUAGUCAACGAAAUCGAAGCAAUGAAGUCGAAAUUGGAUUCCUUGGAGCUCAAGUUUACCGAGGCUCAAUCGACGAUUUCGAAGCUGAUCGAGGAGAGGAAGUCCACGAAUCGGGAGAGGAAGACUUUACAAGAAGAGCUCGCGAUGUUGAAAGCUGGGAAGAUCGGUGUGCCAGCAGCUGCAGAAGCCGGGGUUCCUUUUCUGCACGUCGUGAUCGUCGCUCUAAUCAGUAUCCUCUUCGGGUAUCUUUUACGCGGUUAAAACAAUGUCUCCCGGACGGUGAAAAUUCAGCAGGGCCCUCUCUUAGUGCUCUUUUAGUAAAGGCUUAAAGUAGUAGAAAGUCCAGCUAUUCCCCACCCAUUACAGGAAGAAAAAAAAAAAAGUUGUCGCGAGAGGUGAAAACAAAAUAUCUAGGGAACACAAAUUUUCUCUUCUUUGUUAUCUUGGCAUUUUUUCUUCCGUUUUCUUUUUGGCGGUGUAAUGGCAUGGUUUAGGAUUCUUGAUGUAAAUUGCAAUUUGCAACACAGCACAGAUGAACAAAAACUAAAGAACAUCUCGCGUUAGGUUAAACAUAUGAUCAUGAAAAAAUGGCUUGUGCAUUGUUCUAGAAGGUACGGUCUCGUGGUGACAAAAAGAGAAAUGCCUCAUGGUUUUUUGCUAAGGGUGAACAAAUUUAUUCAAACACAAGUAGAAACCAAGGUUUUGUUUGGUAUA